AUGGUUAGCGAAAAACUUCUUCACAUUGUUGCCGAUAAUUUUUAUUUAUCACAUGAUAAUAAACUAAGAGAGAGUUCCUAUCAUCUGCUAGAUAUGGCUAAUGAUAAUCAAGAUAUAUCUGAAGGAAUUUUCAAUAUAUUCGAAUUAGAAAAAGCUAGUCACGCCAUUAGGUCAUAUUACUUGGAAGCUAAGUGUGCUAUUGUUUAUUUACUUGAGAAAACAAAGAAUGGACAUCGAUUAACAAUUAAUGGUUUUCGAGCAUUAGCACAAGUCAUCAACACUCCAUGGAUAAUCGAUAACGAUGUUUUGAAAAUAUUGUUGAAUGUUUCGAAUAAUGGACAAAUAAUACCUAUUGAUUUAGUUGGGAAACUAACGAGAAGAUUUAAUCCAUGCAGUGAGCAGUAUGAUUUCGUUCGAAUAUUUGAAAAUUUAGUUAAAAAUAAUCAAGAUAUACCGAGUCAACUUUCAUCUAAAUUGACUAAAGCCUUGGAAAAUCCAUCUAUUCGUGAUCAAGUAUUAAGUAUUUUUCUCCUUGAAGGGCAAAAAGAUAAAAAGCUAUCUGCGAAGAUUAUUGAUAAAAUCCUUGAUAAAUUUUUCAGCAUAAAAAAUUCAUUUAUUAUGGAACAAUAUCUGUCUGUUAUGUGUUCAGUUAUUGAGAAGAAAGAUUACUUUGCAACUGAUAGGAAAAGUCUUCUUGACCGAAUACUACGCCGAAACUCUGGUAAAAAAAUAAUUGCUCGUAUUCAAACAGCAUUAGUUCAUGCUCUUAAAACUGAUAAUCAAGAUGUUAUUCGUAAAGCUAUAAAUGGAUUAAAAAUACUUGUAUCUCGUCACAAAGCUGUACUAGAAAACAACUCCAUAGAUAUUCUUUUAAGUUUGGCUGCGAGCGAAAUUUGCAAUGAAACAAUCAAACAAGACAUCGGUCUAUUAUUAGAUGCUUCUCAAUUAGAAAAAAUCAGAAAUAUGCUUAUGAGCUUGCCUACUUAA